AACUAAAAUUUCAGGAAUGUACUGGAACGUAUUAGUCAUUUGGGCUAGGCCUCACUGGCCUAAAAUUUAGUUACUUAAAAGACACAAUUUGAAGUUUAGUACACUUUUUAAAAUAAUUUUAAAAGUAUAAUUUUAUAAAGCAUUUGACCCCAAAUUAUCAUUAUUUUUCAUCUUGUCGUUCUUAUCUUAUCACACGUGGACUUAAGACACGUUAUCUUUAUUGUUUUUGCAAGUGAUUUGCUCAGCAGGUAGAGAUGAAAGAAUGAAACUAUAAAUUUUUUUAAAGAAACUUCAUAAAUUUUUAAAGAAACUGUCUUUUUCUGUGUCCCAUGAUGUUACCCAGAGUCAAAGAAUAAAGCUUUCUCAUGUUUUUCUGCUUUCAAUAGAAAACCAAUUUCUUUUUCCAACUUCAUAAGAAAACAAGGCAGCAAACAGAAGGAGGAUCAACAUUUCUAAUUUGGGAAACUGUUGCUGUUCAUCUCUUACAAGGUUUUGAGUUGUAGGAAUUUGUGUGAAUGUAAUUAGUACUCAGUAUGAAUUCAAAACGACAGAGACGCCCAAAUGUGAGAUUAGGAGAAGUAGGGGAUGUUCCGGCAGCUUUUGCCUGUGGAUUCUCUCAUAAAACUAAGCAAAAUUUAGCUCACAGAAAUGAUGUGCUGAAUCCUAUUGAGAAUGAACACAAUCAAAUUGCUAUGCAAGAUGCUCCAGAGUUUCUAGUGUUGGCUCCUAGUCUAUCUCCGAGUCCGAGGGUUUCAGCUGACUCGGAUCAGAAUCGAGAAAAUAAUGAUCCGAAUUCUUCAAAAUCGGCAUUUGAAUUGAUGAGUUCUGAUGAAAUUGAUAUGAGCAAGUUGAACUUUGGCAGUAUAACCAGAAAAUGUAGGGUCAUGAAGCGCCGGGGGCCUAGCAUUAAAGGGGUGGAUACUAAUAUGGUUAGCAGUGUUUGGAGUUCUAAAGUUAGCCCGCGUUUUAGUAGUGAAGACGGAAGGGACUGCUCUGUAAUGGAGUUUGCAAAGUUUAAUAAUUCGGAUGAAUGCGAUGAUUAUUGCCCUCCUACUGUCUUUAAGGACUUGUCGGAUCAUGAGACACAAGCUACAAGCAAAGAGAUUUGCGAGAUGGAUGAACAUGCUUAUGACACGAGACAAGGAUGGGAUAGUAACGAUCAUCUGCAGGAGGAAAUUUGGCAUGAUCUUGAGUUGGAUAAGAUAAAUUCAGCGAGUUUCGAUGUGAAUACUGUCACGAGAUGGUUGGAGGAUCAAGGAUUUGGAAAAUAUGCUGAAAUAUUUAGGAUGCAUGAAGUGGAUCAAGAAGCUUUGCCUCUUCUUACUCUUGAAGAUCUCAAAGAGAUGGGUCUAUUCGCUGUUGGUUCUCGUAGAAAGCUUUACAAUGCAAUUGAGCAACUAAGGAGCGGAGGUCUUUCGACUUGAGACCCUCUUUGACUGACGAUGAAGGUAAUCUUUUUCCUUUAUCUCGCUGGCUGUUUUGUGUAGGAAAACUUCACAGGUGUAUACGUAACUCUGUUUUUUUGGACUGCUGACAUGGCUCCUCUUUUUCACUAUAACUGUUAAUGAGAUAAACUGUCUAGUUCAUACUUCAUACUUUGUGUUCCCUACUUUCUAAUAGACUUUGCUUAUGUUCUAUAUGAAUUUGAACUUGCACUAUUCCGAAUAA